AGAGUACGUGGAUCGAAGCUGGGCUUUCGCUCAUUUCAGAAAACCCAGCUUAAAGUGGGUCCUUCCUCAGUUCAUUUAUGCUACCACUCUAACGCGUAGGCAGGAAUCUGCACAACUGUUUCUGCUCUCUUCCGAUUCUAAUCAUCAUAUUCUAUUAUUUUUUGCCCAAUUCUACCAACCCUUCGAUUUUUCCAUCCAUAGCUCACUCGCUUUCGCUUUCCCUCCUCCAGGGCAGAGCAAUGCUGCCGUACGCCACCAUCCAAGAGGCGGAAUUCGCCCUCCAACGACCCCUCACGGCGGCGGAGACUCUCUGGUUCAACUACACUGCCACCAAAUCGGACUACUUCCUCUACUGCCACACCAUCCUCUUCCUCUUCCUCAUCUUCUCCGUCGUCCCGCUCUACUACCUCUUCCUCGAAUUUUUCCUCAAAAACUCCGUCCAUUGCUACAAGAUUCAGCCUAAAGUCAAUCUCACCCUCGCCGAGGCCUUCAGCUGCUACAAAUCCGUCAUGCGCAUGUUCGUCUUCGUCGUUGGCCCUCUCCAGCUCCUGUCUUAUCCGUCUGUCAAAAUGGUCGGGAUCAGGACAAGCUUGCCCCUUCCUUCGAUCUGGGAAAUUGUGUCCCAAUUGGCAGUGUAUUUCUUAGUGGAGGAUUACGCCAAUUAUUGGAUUCACAGGCUUUUGCAUUGCAAAUGGGGGUACGAUAAGAUUCACAAGGUUCACCACGACUACUCAGCUCCUAUAGGAUUUGCAGCGCCAUAUGCACACUGGGCGGAGAUUUUGAUCCUCGGGAUUCCAUCUUUUCUUGGGCCGGCCAUGGUUCCAGGUCACAUGAUUACCUUUUGGUUGUGGAUUGGGCUGAGACAGAUUGAGGCAAUUGAGACGCACAGUGGGUAUGACCUUCCUUGGACACCCACAAAAUACAUUCCUUUUUAUGGUGGCCCAGAUUACCAUGACUACCAUCAUUAUGUUGGAGGUCAAAGCCAGAGCAAUUUUGCUUCAGUAUUCACCUAUUGUGAUUACAUCUACGGAACUGACAAGGGGUACCGUUAUCACAAGAAAGUCCUUCAGCAGCUACAAGAAGGCUCUAAAAUAGGCGGUGAACAAAACAAAAUUGCAAAGAGCUAUGGGGAAGACAUUAAAGCUGACUAGAUUUGGAACUCCAGAUGCCACCUCUAUAAACUUGUAAUGCCUGUGGAAGCAUGAAGUUGGCCGUGUUGCUAUGUGAUUCUUCUUAGCUUGCUAUAUCAUAUCAUAAAUUUGGAAGUCACCUAUAGUGCUGUUGGUGGGUAUGAUUUGUCAUUGUUAUGUCGAAACAGUGGUCUUGUGGCUGUAGGAGAGAAUACUGUGUUAGUGUUAAGCUUCAUAAUACGGCCUAGUUUCAUUCUUUUGCAGUCUGUAUAUCUCUUUGGUUAGUCGAGAGCACCCCUGUCUUGGCAUGUGAGUUUAUCAUUGUGACUAUUAAUAAUUAAUUUCUCGCCUGUAAUAUUUGAAAGGUUGAGUGAGAUCCUCUGUUUCAAGCUAUUAUUGCUUUCUCUAUUCUAAACUUUCUAGUUCAUAUGUGAAUAUAACGUGAAAAGCCAAUCUACUAUAGGC